UUUGAUACCUAUAACGAAAAUGUCAAAAAUGACAGUUUCUUAAUAGCUAUGAGGUUAUUUCUUCAAAAAUGAAAACAAGGUAUAUUUAAUACGCUAAAAGUUAUGCACACUACUAGUAGUUCAAAGAAAUUCUUUGGCUGUCCAUCAUUCACGGAACUUGUCCAGAAAGGCGUGGCAAAUUUGGAAGCGUUCGUUUUUAAUUACAUCGCACCUAGGAAUCCGAAUUUUAUUUAUUUUCUUAAAUCGUGUAUCCUAUUCUUUUUUGGAACGUUCAUUCCUGGAUACGUGUUUAUGGUAGUCGAAGGACGGCUGGAAAAAGAAUUCAAACAAAAAACCUACCCGCAGUUCAAAACCAGCUUGAUUAAAUCAAUGUACGAGUCCAUAGACAAUGAAACAGAAUUUCGAAACGUGUUAGCUAGUUAUGAAUCCCAAAUUGCGCAGUACUUUCAACUGUACCCUUUGAUUAUGCUCAACUUGGAGGAGCACAUCUGGGACCUUUGGACUGGAUUUUUUUAUUCAUAUACUGUUUAUACUACUUUAGGUUAUGGAGAAAUUUAUCCUCUUACGAAAGUCGGUAGAAUACUGACGAUACUAUACGCAGUGAUAGGGAUUCCUUUGUUUCUUCUAUUUUUAAGAGACUUGGGAAUUUUAUUUACCAGGCUGGUCAAAUACGUUUGGAUGCUUUUAAGAAGAUUGUACCAUACCGGUAGUUGUAGAAGACAUAGGGAAACUCAUAUGGAGGACGUCUUCGUUGAAAAAAAAGUAGAUUCAGACUUACAACAGCACGCACCCACACCUACUUCGCACAAAUUGAAUGACAUCUCCAGCGUGGCUCCUAAUGCUAACUCGGAAGACACUGUAACUCAAGAGGUAUCGACCUUCGAAAUUGACGAUGAGUUCAAUUUACCCAUACCAGUAGCCCUCUUCAUUUUGUGCAUUUAUAUCUUCCUCGGCGCCAUCUUGUACAGUUAUUUCGAGGAAUGGGACGUUUUCGAUUCGUUUUAUUACGUUUUCAUCUGUUUGUCGACCAUCGGUUUCGGAGAUUUCAUCCCUCAUCAUCCCACUUGCGAAAUAAUUUCGCUUUUCUAUGAAUGCUUCGGUAAAGCCUUUAUGGCCAUGACCAUCGAGCUGUUCUCCGAAAGACUGAGUCAUUCGUUCCAUACGUCUUUGAAAUCCAGCUCCGAUUUAUGGGACAUGGACGAUUCCGGUAGUGAAAGGUCAUUUGAUAUCGUGGAAUUUGAUAGAGACGCGUCGGUGCACAAAAUUAUAAAUAUCGAAGAGCUGGAAGACGCUUCAUUGGGCAUCAAACGUGCUAAAAGCGUGUAUCGACCGUCUAAAUUUCGUUCGGAAUAUUUUACUACUUUAAAAAAUGAUCCUAUCCCUGUUACGGUUGUUGGUAAUUGGGAGGAAAGGGUUGUUGUUCAUUGUGAUUCGAGUUUUCGCAAAGGUAAAGUCGAAGAAACUAGUAGGAUUAGAGAUGCAGGUGAUGGAGAUUUUGAUGUUGCAGAUAUAGAUGUUUAGAAGAAGGAGAUAAAUAAUAUAUUGUAUUUUAUGUUUAUUAAAGAUUAGUUUUUUAAAAUGGCAA